AUUCUUGCGUCCUCAACAUGCUGCGCGUUUCGGGGCUGGGGUGGACUCUGGUCUCCUUGCAAGCAAGGGGCGCUCUGGUGCUGCAGCAAUGGCAUUUGCCUCGUUUCCUUCAUGCUGGCAUUCCUGUCCUGGCAGCAAAAGAAGCGCUGAUGAAACUUAGGAAGAAAACUGGCUAUUCCUUUGUGAACUGCAAGAAAGCCUUGGAAAAAUAUGAUGAUAAUUUUGAAGAAGCUGAAAUCUGGCUGCACGAACAAGCACAGAAGGAGGGAUGGAACAGAGCACUGAAACUUCAAGGUCGGAAGACAAAAGAAGGUCUAAUAGGGGUGCUUCAAGAGGGUAGCUCAGCAGUAAUGGUAGAGGUAAACUGUGAGACCGAUUUUGUGGCCCAAAAUGUUAAGUUUCAACAGCUGGUUCAGCAAGUAGCGAUUGGAACAAUGAUUCACCAUAAGGAGACCAUAGACCAAUCAAACACAUAUGCUAAGCGUCUCUUAAAUUCUGAUGAGCUUUCUCAAGUCAGGACAGGACCAGAAGAAUCAUUGCUUACUGACCAACUCGCUCUGGCGAUAGGCAAACUUGGUGAGAACAUGGUUGUUAAGAGGGCAGCAUGCAUAUCAGUGCCUGAGAAUUUCUUCAUCGGCUCUUACGUACACGGGUCACCCUCAGAAAGCAGCUCGUUGCUUUCCAACAUGUUAUUUGGCAGAUACGGUGCCAUGGUGAUCUGCAGUUCCUCGGAGGAAGACCCAAAGUCCGACAUGACUGAAAUGAGUAGGAGGCUGGCCCAGCAUGUGGUAGGCAUGGCCCCUCUCUCUGUGGGCUCUCUGGAAGACGAACCCGGAGACGAAUCCGAAACAAAGAUGCUUGCCCAGCCAUACGUUAUGGAGCCAACUAUUUCCUUGGGACAAUACCUUCAGCUUUAUAGCUGGCAUUUCCUUCAGGGGCUUAAUGUGUAUUUAAGAGCCGUGGUAGUGCUAUAG